CUGCGCAGCCGCGACGCGGAGGCCUCCGAGCUGCGCCUCGCGAUCGCCGCGAGGGCGCGCAGCGCGGCCGCUGCGGCGGCGCUGGCCGAGCUGGCGAAGGCCUACGCGAGGGCGCGCAGCGCGGCUGCCGCGGCGAAGCUGGCCGAGCGGCCGGAAGCCGGCGCGAGGGCGCGCAGCGAUGCCGCUGCCGCGCAGCUGGCCGAGCUGGCGGAGGCCGAGGUGGGCGCCAUCUUCGCGGAGGUCGAGGGGCGCCUGGCCAUCGCCGCACCGGCGCGAGUCGGCCCUCCCGCGCCGCCGCCCGGCGCGCCCCCGGGAAUGCCGUCGGCGGAGGCAGCGGGCGGGCUCACCAGCCGCCCGCCGUGCACGGCCGAGGCGGAGCUCGCGCCCCGCCCCGCGGUGGCGUACCUCGGCAUGCUGUACGCGGGCGUCAGCCGCGCCGUGGCGGAGAGGGAGGCCCGGGUGCCAGAGGAGGAGAGGAGGCUGGCCCAGGAGGCCAUGGCCGCCAUCGCGGCCGCGGGGAGGGCGUACCUGGGCCUGCUGCGCGGCGGGGGUGCGGGCCCCGCGCUGGAGCCGGAGGAGGCCGCGCAGGCGCCGCGGGAGCGCGGGCUCGCGCAGGCAGCCGGGGCGGCAGAGCGGCAGCUGGCGGCGGAGGCCAGGGCCGAUAUCCGGCGCUCGGCGGCCGCGGCGAGGGCGUACCUCCGCCUGCUGCGCGCGGAGGGCGCCGGCGGCGCUCCAGCGGGGGAGGAUGCCCAGAACACAGGGGAGCGCCUGCUCGCGGAGGCGCUCGCUGUGGAGGUGACGCUGGCCGCAGAGGCGGCGGAGGGGGCCCCGCCGGAGGGCGGGCUGGCCGAGGAGGCCCGGGCCGCCAUCCACCGCGCGGCCUUUGCGGCGAGGGCCUACCUGCGCCUGGUGCGCGCGGGCGAGGGCGGCGCGCCGGCGGCGGAGGAGGGCGAGGAGGAGGAGGAGGAAGAAGAAGCAGAGGAGGAGGAGGAGGCCGAGAGCCCAGAGGAGCCCGCGCUCGCAGAGGUGCCGGGGAUCGGAGAGCGGGCCAGCACGGCAGAGCCCGCGCGGCUCGUGGAGGAGCGGUGGCUGGCCGGGGAGGCCAGGGCUGCCAGGCGGGCCCUGGAGGCCAUGGCCGGCUGCCCCGACGUGGACAUCAGGCUGGCGUUUUUCGGCACCCUGGUGGCCUACCCGGAGGCCUGGCACGCCGAAGAGAGCGAAGUUGCCGAGGCGACGCCGCCUCUGACUUCGCGCUCGGCGGAAGGCCACGGGUCGCACGAGGCCGCCCUGGCCGAGGCCGUCGCCGGCAUCUACGUGGCCAAGCUGGUGGCCGUGGCGAGCAGCGGGGCGGCGGAGGAGCCUGCCUGCCCGCCCUGUUCCGGGCGCGGUCGCGCGGCAGCGGCGCGGGGCAACGGGCCGAGCAACAUCAUGGCGGCCCACCAGCUGCUCCCAUGGGCGUGGGUGCAGUACGCCGGCGCGCCGCUCUGGCACCAGCGGAGGGUGCUGGGGCGCUUGAGGCCAUCGGCGACUCGACCGACUGAGCCGUUCCGCCUGCUGAUCGCGACGGCCCACCGCGACGUCUACGACGAGUUGUACGACGGCUCCAGCGUGGACAUUCAGGGCGUCCGAUUUGCUGCCACGCGUGCGGUCCCCCCUGGCAUGGACCGUGCUCAGACUCACCGCUUUCGGCGGGAGCCGACGGCGGCCGAGAUGGUGGCCUUCAACGGCGCGACCGAGCAGGUGUGCCAGGACAUCCUCGCCGCCGAGGCGGCGGCGGCCGGUGCGGCCUUUGUGCCGAACCCGCAGGGGUGCCUCCAGCCGCUGGCGGGGUUCAUGCCGCCUGCCGGCCCCGGGGCUGCCCCCCUUGGCGUUGCUGCCGCUGCCGUGCCGGAUAAGUGGGUCACGAUCGAGAGCACGUCCUUCAGCGCUCGCGGCGUCGUGGUCCAGCUUCCGGUGAACGCUCAGAUCUCGGGGGCGGUCCGUGACAUGACCGAGUGUGUGGUGAGCAACUGGACGGUACCUGGUCCGAGGACCGUCCUCUGGUGCGCUCAGUGGUUGGAACGCCGCUCCAGCACGCCGCUUUCGCACCAUCGCUGGUUCACCUCGACGUUCAACCUGAAGUCUGACCAGUGGGGCGUAGAGGACCACGGGACGGCGCUCAGGGCCCUUGAGGAGUUGCUGUGCUUCGACGGGGCCGACCCGUCCAACUUGGCCGGAGUUGAGAUCAUCAUGAGAAAGGCUCAGCUCACGGAGUACGUCUACUGCGGCGCCUCGUUUGCGAGCAUCCAGGUCGACAGUAAGGAUCCUAUCUGCGUUGGUGGGGUCGAUGUGACCAACGCGUUCUACAAUGUGUGUCUUGAGGGAAGAGCGAUGGUCUGGGAUGUGAAGCGGAAGGUCCGGGCACUCCGGAGCUUCGGCCGAAGGCACCUGCACCUCGGGGACUCCAUGGCCCCCAUCCUCGCUGUCACCAAGGGCCAGUCGUCUACGAGACUUAUGCUGCGGGCCUUGAGUGGCCUGGCGUCGAUGGCGGGUCCGACGGCGGGCUCGUCGGUGAUGCCCAGGUUGCCUGGGGGGGCCCUGAUGCCCGUGAGCGGCGGGUCCGAGCAGCCGGUCGCGUGCUCGCUGCCGGCUUCGGCGCCGCUGACGCUGCCUCGUCCAGCGGCGACUCCGCGGCCAUUGAGGACCGCACCUCGCAAGCGGCCGGCGGCGACGCCGCGGCCCCGCCCGCCGCCCCGGAGCCACCUGGAGCGGCCUGCGCUGGAGGGGGCUCGCCGGGCCGACCGCUGCUCCGCGCGGCGCAGGGCCCACCCGGCCCCCGCGCCCGCGGGGCCGCUCGCCGGGACGUCGUUCCUCGAGCAGAGCGUCAUCAAGCCCCAGCAGCGGACGAGGUACAUCACGAUGGUGAGCGAGUUCAAGAGCUGGUGCCUGGCCAUGGGGAUCGCCCUGGGCACGGCGCGGGAGCUCGACGUCGGGCUCGUGCAGUACUUCCACGACCUCUUCUUCAGCGGGGAGGUAGUCGACCGCGCGUCGGCCUUGCUGGCUGCCCUGGCCCACCUGGAGUCCAACCCGCCGAAGCGGGCCCGACUGCCCAUGCUAUGGGUCGUGGCAGCGCUCGUGAUCGUCAAGAUGGUCGCCCGCGGGGAUGUGGACGCCGGCCUGAUGACGCUCCUCAACUUCGCGUUCUACUGCCGGCCGUCGGAGCCCCUGAGGGCCCGGCGGAGGGGCCUGAUUCCUCCGGUCCCGCGAGGCCCCCUGAGGCUUCGACACUGGGGGAUCCUCUUGAACCCCCUGGAGGGGGAGAUCCCCAGCAAGACCCACGCGCACGACGAGUCUCUCUUGAACGACAACCCGGACUUCAAGUGGGUCGACGCUGUGCUGGAGCACCUGCGGGGCCGAGGACCCUUGGCCGGGCCGAUUGCCGACGUGGACUACGCGAAGUGGACGGCCCACUUCAGGGCCGCCGUGGCCGGGCUGCCCCUCGGGCCUCUCCUUCCCGCGACGAUCUACCAGAUGCGCCACGGCGGGGCCUCUCACGAGAUCCACUCUGGGCAACGGGACCUGCUGAGCGUAAAGAAAAGGGGGCGCUGGGACUCCGACGCCUCGCUGCACCGAUACGUAAAAGCCGGGCGCCUCAACGAGCAGGUGCACAGACUCGACCAGGUCACGCAGUUCGCGGCCAACCUCUGCGCGGAGCGCAUUGGCCCGUUGGAGUGCGGCCUGGCGGUCGUGUCGAGCCUCGUCGGGGAUCCCAGUCUUCUCGAUGUAUCCGCGCAGGACCCUGCCGUGACCUCAAUAGUUCUCGUCUAUGUCGGCUUAUCCGCGGGUGGGUUCGAUCGGGCCUCGUUGUGGCCCUCUGGCUGGGUACCCCGUGCACUACGUUCUCGGCUGCAAAUCGCGAAGGGUGGCGUACCGCUCUUCAUCCUGAAGGUGUUCCUGGGCUUUCUCCUCGGGUUCUGGCACGAGUUCAGGAAGGUCGCCGAGGUGCUGCGACAGGGCGCCGAAGGCGCCGACGACGACGGCCAGGGAAUCUGGCUGCAGGUGCACGGCUUCAAGGAGUCCCCGAUCUACCAGGAGGUCGCCGAGGCCACAAACUAUGUGAAUUUAGUGGUCGACCUCACAUCGUGCUACAAGGGCAUGAUCAGUCGGGCCGGCACCGUACGCUUCAGGGGCCAGCGGGAGCAGUGCCUUCCGGGCAGCGCCGCCCCUGUCCUCGCGUUCGGCGGCAGGUCGGAGCGUCAGCGGGCGACGUGGCCGGCGCACGCGGCCGCCACGGCCAGGUUGGUGGCCGUCGCGAGCUGCAGGGCUGCGGACGACGCCUGCGCCGUCUCGGUCUCGUCGGACGGCGACUCGCCCCGGGGCGGCGCCGCCCCCGGCAGCCCGGCCUCCGCAGGGCCGCCGGCGCGCGCCCGGCGGCGCCCCAGCCAGGGCGGGGCCGCCCUGCUGGGGGCCCGGGGGCAGCGGUAG